AUGGUUCACGUUGAACAAAAGCAACCUCAGUUUCGCCGUAUUCAGCACAUCAUCGUCCAACUACAAGCCCGUGCGAGGGGUCAUCUGGCAAGGCGUAACACUGCAAUCCGGUGGACAGCGGCCGUCACAAUUCAAAGAGCUUAUCGAAAGAUGAAACAACGAAAGGAGCUAGAAUACGAGAAAACAUCAUGUGGCGAUGAACAGCUGACAACUUUAUGCAUGGACACUGACUCGCAGGAUGACCUUGUAACCGUACGUUUUCGAAGAGCAGAAUAUCGGCAGUUCCAAGCGUUAGAUGAUCCCGUCACGGAUGCUGACGUGUUCAACAUUGUUCUGGAGAACGAGUUUGGUACCGAUGGGUUAUGCUUUGAGGCAGGAUGCACGGCAACGCUUGGGAGCACCAGAUCACCGACAAGAUUGUCACCAUCAACUGUGCAGAUACAGUCGAAUGGCUCAACGGACCCGUACGCAAACAGUUCAAACAUUAUCUGGAUAACUGAGAAAAGUAACGCCGGUGAUACUCAGCUGGAGAAGUCUGAAGUGGUCAGGCCACUCGUUUUUGCUGUCUCUGACACCAGUAAACCGCAAGAAAGCUCCGUUGAAUUUAUCAGCCCUAGUCCCGUGUCACACGUUCAUGAUCCUCAGAGUGGAGUCAACGCAUUUAUUCGCUUUGCUCAGACUUACUUUCAGGGAGGUGCGACGCCGUAUUACUCAAGCCGUCACCUUACAAAACCGUUGUUGCCCCACGCGGAUGAAAACGAUGACUUGGCUUCUCUGGCUAUUUGGAUAAUGAUGCUUCGCUUUAUACAAGUGUUGCCAGAGCCCGCUGACGACUUGGACAGCAAGCAUCGCCAUUGUGCCGGGGAUCAUAAGUCGGUUUUGAAGGAGUUGUACACCACCGUCGAAUCCCAGCUCAACGUUGAAAGUUAUGACUACCGUUGUCACUCCACUGCAGACAUGACCGGUCUUCGUAGGAAUGAACCUGGUCGAACGAUUGCUAAACGAGCAUGUGUUGGGCUCACUGCCAGUGAUCUAAGUCACCUAGAUGUUGAAAAUUGCCAAAACCACUGGAUUGCUGCGCAUACAAAGGAAUCAGACCGCCUUCUUGCCGAAAAUAUGGCCUCAACUAUGUACAAAGUCCACUUCAUCAUCGGACAUGCCAUAUUUCGUGCCACUCUGCGUGAUGAGGUCUACUGUCAAAUUUGCAAACAGAUCCUUCGUAAUCCUAGUCGAAGAAGCGAAGUUCGCGCCUGGUUCUUACUUGCACUGUGCACCGGCAUAUUCCCACCGUCGGAGCGAUUAUUGCACCCAUUACAACAAUUUCUCGAGGCAGGCGUUUCAAAUUUCGCCCCUCUUUGUCGCCAACGGCUAGCCCGGACUUGCCAAAAUGGAGCUCGUACGCAGCCGCCAGGCUUGACCGAAAUGAAGGUGACGAGACUGAAAGGAAGUCUAACACUCUCUGUUGUCUGUAUGGAUGGUCAGAGUUACCCAGUACAAGCAGAUACCGCCACCACCGCUGCAGAGGUUUGCCACGUAGUUGCUGAGCAAUUAAACCUACAAGAUCGCUUUGGCUUUUCACUGUACAUACGUCUAUUCGAUAAGGUCUCCUCAGUAGGCGACAGCUCAGCUCAUUUGAUGGAUGCCAUUGCUCAUUGCGAACGGUACGCUGCGGAGAAAGGAUCACCGGGAGCUCAUUGGCAGCUCUACUUUCGCAAAGAACUCUUCGUUCCUUGGCACGAUGUAUCACUGGAUCCGGUUUCAACGCGGCUCAUAUUCCAGCAGGUUGUUUUAGGAGUGGUUAAUGGCGAGUACCGAUGUGAUAAGAAAAGUACGCUCAUCUUUACUCUGGCCUGCAAAUAUUACGUUGAAUCCAGAGAAGCUGGUAAUUAUACGGUUCGGAGACAACCCGAAGACAUACGAAAUUGGUUGAAAAACCAGAAAUGCCUGUGGAUCAAGUCAACUUCCGAGUGGAGUAAGCAGAUUGCCAUGGUUAGUCAGUCUCCGUCAGAGUCCAAGGAAGUAUGCGUCAAGCACAUUAUCAACCUAACCUUUAAGUUGUUAACUGGCAGCGGUCUGGCAUUUCGAUAUGGCGAUCUAAUCGUGUUGCACAAACGAAAAGGAACCCGGCCUCACGACUAUCCGUCAGACUCGCUCUUGACUAAUCCGGAGCCAUGCGCAUCUAUAUCGCCAUUCCCUUACCUGCAAGAACACUUAAUUCAGUUGGGCGGCGAAAGCGGCUGGUGCUAUGGGGAAAAUCACAGAACGAAGGAGGUUGGUGGGUUCCCAGCAAAAUACAUUUACGUGCUACCUUGUCUAACUGCACCGACAACGAACGUGACAUCGUUAUUUUCCGUCGCACAUUCUCUGUGUCGUGAGUCCUUUGAAGGGGAUGUUAGAAGCAUCCAAACAGUGAACGCUAACUCUGGACGCCAAUUACCAAGACUGAUCAACAACAAUGUGCAGCUUGCCAAGCGAUGUGCGUCCCUGAGAAAAAACACUGUUGGACCUAAAAGACCAAAGCGCAACUACCAGCACACCUUAAAAGAUUUCGCUUCUAAGCACUUCAGCGAUUCCUUCCGGCGACCGGAUACAUCGACAACCAGUGCUUCAUGGAGACAUACCUACGAGCCAUUACAGAAACCACUGUUGCAAAAGAUGACAUUUGCGCAAGGAUAUGCCCAGCAAUGUGCACUGUCUGCUUUUGUCGCCAUCAUGCAGUAUAUGGGAGAUUUGCAACCGAACUACCCCGAAAAUGCAAUGGUUGAAGAUCCAUGUUACCUUACGGAUAGGAUCUUCCGCCCCAUGCUGUCCUCAGAGCUAUUAAGGGAUGAAAUAUAUUGUCAGUUGAUCAAGCAGCUGACUGAAAAUCGCAGCAGUCGCAGCUGCAAACGUGGCUGGGAACUACUGUGGUUAGCUACCGGAUUGGUUGCUCCGGGCACAUUAGUGUUUCAAGAAUUAUCUUACAUGUUGCAAACCACUCCAUAUGAACUUGGUCGUCUGUGUUACAGCCGAUUGCAGAAGACGAGGUCUCAGUGCCAACGUCGACUCCCACCGCACGAACUGGAAGUGACCAGUAUUCAAAGAAAUAUGGUGGUAAUAUCGCAAAAGAUUUACUUUCCGGACGACUCACGUCUAAUAUUUGAUGUUACUUCUGGCACAAAAGCAGGCGAUCUAUGCAAGGAUAUCUCUAAUUAUUUGGAGUUGAAAAAUCCCACUGGAUUUUCCUUGUACUUGAAAUUAGACGACAAUCUGUAUUGUAUUCCAAAGGAGGCAUAUUUCUUCGACUUCAUUCGAGCUGCCACAGACUGGGCGAAAGAGCAACGCAGCACUAGCGAGUCAAGAAAAUGCAUUCAGUUCGGUUAUCAACUUUUCUACGUCCAAAGGCUGUGGAUCGACGUGGUGCCCGGUCAAGACCCCGUGGCGGACCGACUCUUUCACUUCCCUCAGGAAUUGCCUAGAUUCGUAUCUGGGUACCACAAACUGUCACUGGAAAUGUCCAUAGAACUCGCAACACUGGUCUGCAUUGUGCACAACCGAUCGGAGUUAGAGUCAACAUUUUUACUGGACUCUGCGGUCCCAGCAAGCUUACGUUCCUCUAUGUCGGACAAUCAGUGGUUAAAUGAAAUUAACCGGCGUCUGCAAAGGAUGCGUAACGUGACGAUAGACGAAGCUCGGCUGAAAUUUCUGAAGUAUCUUCGUCGCCUUCCAAUUUUCGGAUCCACCAUUUUCGAAAUUACGCAAACACGGCUUCCGAAUCUUCCCCAACGUCUUCUAUUGGCUAUAAACCAAAACGGGAUUCUACUUAUUGACCCAGUAUCUUUGGAUGUCAUGAUGCGGUUUACAUUCAACGAACUUUCCAAUUGGUCCUGGACUGACAGAUCUGCCAGUUUGUCUUUUGGUAAUCUAGUGAACAGUACCGUGCUACACUGCGAAACAUAUCAGGUAUGUCAUUGUAUUAAGGUGACUACAAUUUGUCUAUCUGCAAAAUCUGUUAAAGAUGAGAAAAAUCACAUCUUAUCAAUUUGA